AUGCGUCAUGGAAAACGCCAACGCAUGACUGCACAUGACAUAGAUCAUGCACUGAAAAUUAAGAAUAUUGAGCCAACAUAUGGAUUUUUCGCCAAGGAUUACAUACCAUUUCGUUUUGCAUCAGGUGGCGGUAGAGAAUUGCAUUUUGUAGAAGAGAAAGAAAUUGAUCUUAAUGAGGUUGUAGCUACAGCUGGUGGACAAUCUUGGCCAAAGCUACCUUUGGAAGUUACAUUGCGAGCCCAUUGGCUAUGCAUUGACGGAGUGCAACCUACUAUACCAGAGAAUCCACCGCCAGUAUCAAAAGAUGCCCAGAAAUUGGAGAGCGUUGAUCCAACUACUAAACUCUCCAGUAAAAAUCAGAACAUUGGCGUUGGUAAACCGGGUGGUGGUGGCAAAAGUCAAAAAUUACGAAAUGUGGAAACAGUUCAUGUAAAGCAACUUGCAACACACGAGCUCAGCGUAGAACAGCAAUUAUACUACAAAGAAAUAACUGAAGCUUGUGUUGGAUCUGACGAAGGUCGCAGAGCCGAAGCUCUUCAAUCACUUUCAGCGGAUCCGGGUCUGCAUGAGAUGCUGGCACGUAUGUGUACAUUCAUCGCAGAAGGUGUACGGGUCAACGUCGUGCAGAAUCAUCUCGCAUUACUCAUUUAUCUCAUGCGGAUGGUUAAAGCACUGCUUGAUAAUCCAAGUCUUUAUUUGGAGAAAUAUCUUCACGAACUGAUACCAUCGGUUGCAACUUGCAUAGUUUCUCGACAAUUGUGUAUGAGACCGGAGGUAGAUAAUCAUUGGGCAUUACGAGACUUUGCUUCUCGAUUAAUGGCGCAGAUAUGUAAAAAUUUUAACACGUCCACGAAUAAUGUACAAACUAGAGUUACUCGCAUGUUUAGUAAAGCGUUGGCAAAGAAUAGUCAGACACCAUUGGCAUCUCUAUAUGGAGCAAUUGAAGGACUUUGUGAAUUAGGUCCGGAAGUAAUUAAAGCUUUGGUUAUACCCAAAAUUAAAUCCAUCUCUGAACGUAUUGAAUCAUGCAUUGAGGGCCAAGGACUAUCUAGUGUGGAUAAAAAUGGAGCAGGACAUAUCAAAACUUUGCUUGUGGUAAAACAAAUUUUCAAAUUAAAACAAUACGAAUAACAAGGAGCAUGAAAC